AUGCAUGCCAAAGUCGUUCUCGCUGGUGCCGCACUGACAGCCGUCUCCAUGAUCCCCUCGUGCCCGGCACCCGUGGUUGGAGGUCUCAUCGCUGGAGCGUUUGGUGCUGAGCUCGCCGGUAACCUGCUCUACAUUGGUCUCAACGACAACCUGAAAAGACGCCCCGUCGAUGGCUCCGUCAAGGCCCGCAGUGCCAUUGGCUACAAGUCUCGUCGUGCCCUUGGCUAUCCAGGUGUCUCUGACGAAGCCGUCCAACAAUGCAAAGACUCUAACUCUGGAAAAACGGACGUGAAGGUCACUCAGACCGAAGAAAACUCCUAUCAGAUUGACAACGUGACUCCAGAGUGCAUGAACCUGGCCACCUUGUUCACUGAAGACAGCCCGCCUGUCCCUUGUGGCUCUGCUUGCCUUCAGUACUCGAACCUGAGUGAAAGUGACAACGAUGCCCUGCAGGGUUACAUCCAGGAGCUCCUUUAA